CAUAGACAAGCAAAAAAGAAAUAGCCGAAAAAUAAUUGUCUGUUUAGCAGUAUUGUACAUUUUAAAUAAGGAAAAUUUUCAUUUAUUUCAAUACUAUUAUUUGUGAAAGACAAACCGCUUUUGCGGCCCACUAUCAGUGGAAUCCGGUGCAAGUAGUUUGUGCAUGAUAUCGUUGAGUGCACUGCUAACCAAAUAUACGCUAAGCAUCAUGAACAACUUGGGACACAAUCAGCCAACGGGUGGAGCAGGUUCAGGUGCAAGUGCAGGUAAUGGCGGCGGAGGAGUAGGUGUUAACGGCGGCGGUAUGGGUAAUCAUUUAGGAAAUGUUAUACAAAAUCCAGCAGCAGAAGGUAGCAUGGAGCGCGGCAGUUGCUUACUACGUUACGCCAGUCAAAAUUCUCUAGAUGAAAGUUCACAAAAGCAUAUACAACGUCCAAAUGGCAAAGAUCGCACCGUUGGACAAUAUCAUAAUGAGCAGCAUACAGCCCGUUCAUUUGAGGCCAUGAACGAGAUGCGCAAACAAAAUCUACUCUGUGAUGUUACAUUAGUUGCCGAUGAUAUCGAAAUACCCGCACACAAAAUGGUACUUGCCUCCUGCAGCCCAUAUUUCUAUGCAAUGUUCACUGGCUUUGAGGAAUCACGCCAGAGUCGCAUAACACUUCAAGGUGUCGAUCAUCAUGCACUUGAGCUAUUAAUAGAAUAUGUGUACACAUCCACUGUAGAAGUUAAUGAAGACAACGUACAGGUAUUAUUAACCGCCGCAAAUUUGCUACAGCUCACCGAUGUGCGUGAGGCCUGUUGUGAUUACCUGCAAACGCAAUUGGAUGCUAGUAAUUGUUUGGGUAUACGUGAAUUUGCAGAUAUACACGGUUGUGUAGAUUUAUUAAAUUAUGCCGAUACUUAUAUAGAACAACAUUUCAAUGAGGUAAUUCAAUUUGAUGAGUUUCUCAACUUGAAUCACGAACAAGUGAUAGCUUUAAUAUGUAAUGAUCGCAUUUGUGUGCCAAGUGAAGAGCGUGUGUAUGAAUGUGUGAUUUCAUGGAUACGCUACGAUCCUGUAAUGCGUGAGCAGUACACAUCAAUACUCAUGGAACAAGUACGGCUGCCCUUUCUUUCCAAAGAGUAUAUAACACAACGAGUUGACAAGGAGCCAUUGUUGGAGGGAAAUAUAAUUUGUAAAAAUUUAAUAAUUGAAGCUUUGACAUAUCAUUUACUACCGAAUGACACGAAAUCUGCACGCACCAUUCCACGCAAGCCGGUGGGUUUGCCAAAAAUACUCUUAGUUAUCGGUGGACAAGCACCGAAGGCCAUACGCUCGGUAGAAUGUUACGAUUUGCGCGAGGAGAAAUGGUAUCAGGCAGCUGAAAUGCCAAACAGACGGUGUCGUGCCGGUUUGGCAGUUCUUGGCGAUAAGGUGUACGCCGUUGGCGGCUUUAAUGGCUCAUUGCGUGUGCGUACUGUUGAUGUUUACGAUCCAGCUACGGACCAAUGGCUAACAUGUAACAGCAUGGAGGCACGUCGCUCCACGUUGGGUGUUGCAGUAUUACAUGGUUGCAUUUAUGCUGUAGGCGGUUUUGAUGGCACCACCGGUCUGAACAGCGCUGAAGUAUUCGAUCCUAAGACGGAACUUUGGCGUCUGAUCGCUUCAAUGUCAACACGUCGCAGCUCCGUGGGUGUCGGUGUUGUUAAUGGUUUACUCUACGCUGUUGGUGGUUACGAUGGUUUCUCACGUCAAUGCUUAGCAUCUGUGGAGCGUUAUAAUCCAGAAACUGAUACGUGGAAUCCGGUAGCGGAUAUGUCUGCACGUCGUUCGGGCGCAGGUGUAGGCGUUCUAAAUAACAUACUCUAUGCGGUGGGUGGUCAUGAUGGUCCGAUGGUGCGUAAAUCUGUAGAAGCAUAUGAUGCCACUACGAAUCAGUGGCAUCCAGUUGCCGAUAUGGCUUUCUGUCGACGUAAUGCGGGCGUUGUGGCGCACGAUGGUGUGCUCUUUGUGGUAGGCGGUGACGAUGGCACAUCGAAUUUGGGCUCUGUUGAGGUUUACUGUCCCGAAACUGAUACUUGGCGCAUCUUGCCCGCUUCCAUGACUAUCGGACGCAGUUACGCUGGUGUAUGUAUGAUAGAUAAGCCCAUGUGAAUGGAAGAGCAGGGUGCAAUGGCACGCCAAGCCAAUGCAGCUGCCGGUGGUAUCAUAGAUGAUGAAAAUAGUCAAGCUGAGGGUAGUAAUGUCGAAGGUGCUGUUGGUUAUUCGCGCAAUGAUGUGCACUUAACCCAAAAUGCCAAUAAUAAUAAUGCUACUCAACAACAACAACAAAAUCAUCCACACUAUGAAAACAUCUAUGAAUCGCUUGAGCAAUACAACAACAAUGCAGCUGUCGCAGCAGCUGCUGCUGCUGCUAUUGGUGGUGCUGGCGUCAACGCUGUUGCCCCUGCUGAAGAAUUGCCCCAACCACAAGGUGACGCUAAUAUAGCGCCACCCAAUAUGAACAAUCUUAAUAAUGCCAAUAAUAGCAACAACCAACCACGCCUUGUACCGAAUAUAAGUUAUAGAAAUGAUCUUUACGAUCGCACGAACACCACAUCACCAGCUUAUGAUGUACCACGUGCUGUGCGUUCGGGUUUGGGAUUUCGUCGCAACUUUCAUAUUGACUUACAAGGAGCCAAUCGCUUUAACUCGUCUCGGACCGCUGUCAAUGCACCACCCACCUCUAUAUAUGCCAGCAACAAUAAUUGCCAACGCCAACGUAGUUUCGAUGAUACCGAAUCGCAAAAUUACUACAACUUCAACAAUUACCAGCCCAGCUUGCGUUACGAAAAUAUUUACGAGCAAAUACGAGACGAGCCAAUUUACCGUAAUACUGGUAGCGGAGCACGAGUGUAUGGACGCUUAGAUGUGAUCGGACAUGGCAUUGGACGUAUCGAGCGUCAUUUGAGCUCAUCGUGCGGCAAUAUCGAUCACUACAAUCUCGGAGGACACUAUGCCGUACUCGGUCAUUCACACUUCGGUACUGUCGGACAUAUACGUUUAAAUACAAGCGCCAGCGUAACCAACGCGCCCAUUAUCAAUACUGCUUGUGGUGUUAUUCCGCCAGUAACAAAUGCUUCGGCCACUGGCGCUAAUGUGGGCGGCAGUGGAGGCCAAAAGGAUGCCACUAAUGUGAAAAAUAGUGCUUCGUCUUUCUUCAGCUGUCUGCAGGGUGAAAAUGCCCAGAGCAUGAGUAACAUCUAUCGUGCUUCAGUUGGUAUGCCUGGUAAUGGUGGUGGUGGUGGUUUAACAACAACAACGAUGGCUAUGGGUGGUCAACAAAUGCCUAUGCAAUUCAAUUGUGUAGCACCAAAUAUUAUCAAAGAACGAGAGCCACGUUCCGCCUCCGCUGGACCGCUAUCCAUAAGUUGCAAUAAUAAUAAUGGCAGUUCGAGCGCAUCUAAUGACGCGCCCAGCACUUCUACGGGCAACCGCCAAACAGGUGCAAUUCCAAAAAUCAAAGGGCUGGGGUUGAACACGAAUAAGCCAAGCACUUCGAGUGCGACUAGCAACGCCACAGCUGAAAAGACGCUCUCCAUUAAGAAUGCCAUCACUAAGAAGCCCACAGUUGGAGGCAACACGCCGCAGUCAACGUCCACCUCAAAAGCAAACGCUAACAGCCCAGAGCAUACAUCCAAUUCGAGCACCUUGAAUCGGAUUUCCAAAUCCAGUUUACAAUGGCUCUUGGUGAACAAAUGGCUGCCAUUAUGGAUUGGUCAGGGCCCGGAGUGUAAGGUAAUCGACUUCAAUUUUAUGUUCUCACGCGAUUAUGGUGGUUGUGACAUACCCUCUGCCGCUACACAAAUGUCCAAUCCCUACUACACGCCACGCCUGGGCGGUAUGAUGCCACACGAUCUUAUGCGUUUCAGCUCUGCCAACGCUGAAAUGCAUGCACCUUGUGCUGCCGCGGCCGCUGCUUUAAGACGUGAUCUCAAUAUGCGACCGCGCGCUUUGAAUCGUUUGCGCGAGUCCGAGACGUUGAAUCGUCGUGAGACAGUAACAAAUCGUUACGAGGAUCCUUCAUACGAAAAUGUUCAUGUACAUUGGCAGAAUGGUUUCGAGUUUGGGCGUUCACGUGACUAUGAGCAAAAUCAGCAAACGUCAGCAACUACAGCAAGACCACAACUUCAGCGCGCACGCUCGGAAAGUCCAAGUUUUAAUACACAACAACGACGUUUGCGUCAAAAUUCGAAUAACGCCGGCGCCAGUAGCAAUACCACAGCGACUGCGGUCGGCAUGAGUACAGCGAAGUAUGGUGAUACUUUCAAAAAUUAUGUACUAAACGCAGAAAACAAUACUUUCAAACCGAAAGUAACAAGACCCGAGCCAAGCGGUGAUGUGGUCGGGGUGAGUGGUAAUGGUAAUGCCACUAACACUUUGGAAGUAGUGCCAAAUACAGUAGCAGAUAGUCUUGAAGCAAAUGAAAUACCACCGCCAUCUACAGCAUCCUCAGCAGUGCCACAGUCGUCAGGCCGUGAGCUGGUUGCUGAAAUGAAUGAAGCUGUGGGUGGCGCAUGCGUCGAAGUGAUGCCAUCUUCUAUUAUAGUAAAUACAGUCGCUGAUGAGGAGGGCCAAAUGCCCAUAACUCCGAAUCAAAUACAAAAUAUUGGGAAUGAGAAUGUGAAUAUGAAAGACAACGAGACUGAUGUAACAAAGACAAAAGCUACUAACAACAGCAACAAUAUUAAAGUAAAUUCAACUAACAAGGAACAAAACGACGAUUGAAAAUACAAAGCGAAUGCAUUGCAAAGCAGUAAUUUAUUAUAUACAUACAAAAAUGUUAAUUUGAAAACUGAAAAAAAAA